UCAUAAUUUGAUCAGGAGGGCCGUUCUUACUUGGAUGUCAGAAUGUCUUUCCUUAUCAUGUGACUAGUCACGUGAUCUGAUAAAGAUUAACCUCGUGGACAAAAUGGCGGACGUGUUGUUGGUGGCCGCAGCUACAUUAGCGGUGGUGGUAUUUAGUUUGCUCUGGUAUCAACAGAAGAAGAAGACACUUUCCGAUUUCUACACAAUCCCAGGACCACCGACAUUGCCCUUUCUGGGAAACGCUCAUCAGCUUAGCACCGAUGCAAAGAAGUUUUAUACCCAACUGCUUGAGUAUAGUGCUGAAUGGGCAAAUACUGGAAUAUUCAAGAUAUUGCUUGGAAAUAAACCAAUCAUAGCAGUUUAUAGAGCCGAGUACAUUGAGGUCCUCCUCAACAGCAGUAAGCACAUGGACAAGUCUGAUGAAUACAGAUUCCUCCAUCCCUGGCUUGGUACAGGACUACUGACAAGCACUGGAGACAAAUGGAAAAUUCGGAGGAAGAUGUUGACCCCUACUUUCCAUUUCAAGAUUCUCCAUGACUUUAUUGGUGUGUUCAAUGAUCAGUCCAAUGUGAUGGUGAAGAAACUACAAAAGGUCGCUGAUAAAGGACCCUUCGAUGUCUUUCCCUACAUCACCCUGUGUGCUCUUGAUAUCAUUUGUGAGACUGCCAUGGGAAGACAUGUGAAUGCCCAGGGGAACAGCGACUCUGAUUAUGUUCGAGCCAUCAACAAGAUCACAGUCUUGAUACUGCUGCGAAUGCGUCGCCCAUGGUACUGGCCUAACAUUCUCUUCAAUCUACUGGGGCCAGGCAGAGAACAUGACAAGUGUCUGAAGACUCUCCACUCCUUCACAUCAAAGGUGAUCAUAGAGCGUAGCGAUGAGUUUAGACAGAAGAGGUCAGAGGAGACAACUAUGGAAGAAAUAAUGAAAAGUCGUGGAGAUGAUGACACCAUAUACUUGGAGAAGGGUAAGCGUCUAGCCUUCCUGGACAUGCUGUUGUGUGCCUCAGCUGAUGGUCAUCACCUUUCAUUUGAGGACAUCCGAGAGGAAGUGGACACAUUCAUGUUUGAGGGUCAUGAUACAACAGCCGCAGCCAUUACCUGGUGUACACACCUGAUCGGGGAACACCCACACGUCCAGGAUAAGUUACAUGAGGAAAUGGACAGCAUCUUUGGAGACAGUGACCGACCAGCCACCAUGAAGGACCUGAAGGACAUGAAGUACUUGGAAUGUACAAUUAAGGAAGCUCUACGACUUUACCCUUCAGUACCUUUCUUUGGAAGGAGUGUUACAGAGGACGUCACCAUAGGAAACCAGUACAAACUGAAGAAGGGCACUACUGCUGUAAUUGUCCCUGUUGCACUUCAUCUGGAUGAGCGCUACUUUCCUGAUCCAAACAAAUUUGACCCACACCGUUUCAUGCCGCAAAAUUCAACUCGUCAUCCAUUCAGCUAUGUCCCCUUCUCAGCUGGACCCCGCAACUGCAUUGGCCAGAGAUUUGCGCUGAUGGAAGAAAAGGUGAUGAUCUCGUCCAUACUGAGGAAUUUUCACAUCAUUGCUACACAGAAGAGAGAGGACCUCAGUCCGGUCGGUGAACUUAUCCUGCGACCAGAAUUUGGAGUGGAUAUCAAGUUAAAGAAUAGAAAGUAGAAUCAAGCAGACAAAUAUGGUUUCUUUUAAUUAGAUCCAGAAAACAGAUAAGCUGUUUUAACACUGCUAGUAAUAGAGAUAGUGAUAUGUUAAUUUGGAUACUAUUUUAGAGAUCAUGAUAUUGCUGUCUACAAGGAACAGUUGUUGUAGCUGUUAUUUUCACCAUGUACCCAGUGUAACGAGAAUUCGUCCUGAUUGAGAAUAUUUGGAUAUCAAUUAUUAUUAAAAGUAUUUCCAACAUUAAUCAAAGCAAAAUAGAAUAAGUCUUUAUUUUAGUGAAGGACUAUAUAUCAAGGAAUGAUUCAUCAUGUGAAGCAUAUGUCCAUACAUUAAUUUGUCAUAGUAUUGAAACAUUAGUCAUUUGACAGCAAAAAUUGUUCCUAAAGAGCUUCAUCUAAACUGAAGAUGACUUACAUUACCAAAUGAUGCCACAGCGUUCUUUUAUUGUUAUCAAAGAGGUAAUAGGUAGAUAUUUAUGUAUUCCAAAUGUGUAGAGAAGACAGUUAAAUCAAGAACAAGACUCUUGGAUUUUAAACAUGUUGUCUUUACUCUCAAAACAAUGAGAAAUUAAGAAAGAAACUGAUUAUGUGAGAUGUGAAAUCUUAAUACCAUUUCUUUGAUAAAUUAGGACAAACAAUACAAAAUUUGAGAUUUGCCUUAGUCUUGCCUAGCUGUAGCAAAAACUUAGGCAUUCAUAACAUUGAAUAUUAUUAUUAGUAUUAUUAGUAUUAGAGUAGAAGUUUGUACUUGAAGUUAUAAAUAUUUUAAAAUUGUGUAUCUAGUGCCGGAUGAGAAUGAUAUUGGUGAAUUUCUAUUUUAUACAAAUUCAAGGUCAUGACAACCAGAGUGAAGUGAAAUCCUCUUUGAUAUACUCAAUGUAUAAUUUAUCAAAAUUGAAUAAAAUAUUGGAUUGUUAAUACCUAAAUACUUUUUAUAUGAGAUCAUAUGCAAUGCAAUCUAUAAUAACUCCCACUAAAGAUAUGGUAAGUAGGGGGUGUUCCCGGAACGCCUACAUGUCCAUGACAAUAGGUAGAAACAUCAAAGGGAGGGUAAUUAUAAUCUGUUUCAUAUAGGUACUGCAUUUACCUGAGAUAUUUUACCUGUGGAUCUACCUGUAAUUUUUAGAUAUUACAGAUGUAUCAUUAUAAAUCAACAAUUAAUUAUUGAUAUUUUGUCUCUUAAUACUUCAGUAUUGCAGACAGAAAGUACAUGUAUACAUGCACAUGUCCUUCUAAAAAUUGAAUCAACUUCUUUCUCUGUCAUAUUGAUAAAUAAUAAAUCUACGCAUAGUCAUUUACAUAAUCAUUUACCUUUCUCUGCGAGAAGACCCAAUUCUGUAUAAAUGACCGUUACAUGCUAAGUUGUUAUCCCCUUUUCUAUUCUGGAUGAACUUAAAAUCUAACUGAGCAUUAGCCAUGAUUGAUUUCUAACAAUGUCAGUUAAGUGUCAGAACCUUUUAAUGAAUGAUGGAAUUGGGGAUUAAUUUUGAAUCUUAUAUAGAUAAAUAUAUAUUUUUUUAUCAAUAUAGAUAAAUAUAUAGCUUGGAUAAUCACCUCAAGGUGUCACAUCAGAUGUAGCUUGGUCAACGUUAGCACAGUAUUAAUAGAGUUUAUCAUGGUUUAACAGAUUGAACUAAGACAAGUAAACAGUUUUCAUAUUAAAACAUUUCACUGGAAAAAUAUCAUCUGAACCCAAAAAUAUUAUAAUCAAAAAUUAUAUAGUGGAAAUGAUAUCACAAUAGUUUAUAUUAUUUUGGAAUAUACAACAAAAAUAAUAUAACGUCAUUAA